UGGGGGAAGAGGGAGGCACUGACCACAGUGCAGCACCAGUAACCUUGUCUUAUGUGAUCAUUAACCUUGCUGGAAGGCGCAGCUGGCAGCUCACUCUGAGGUUUGUCAUUAGAAUUGUGAGCUGAGCCACACAGAUACUGCAGGAGUAUUUAAAGGAUUGUUUGGUUUUCUGGGAGCGCUCUGGCUAUCUUUCUGUGUGGAAGCAAAAUGAGAUUUCAGCUGCUCUUUUUUCUAUUCCUUUUUUUCACGAUGGGUAUACUCCUUAUCAAUGGACAAAGGCCAGGUAAUCUGGCUUUGAGGAGAAAACUGCAUAGACACAGCUGUCUACAGAGGAGAUGCAUACCCCUCCAUUCCCGGGUGCCCUUCCCCUGAGAAGCCAUUUCUAGUAUACCUGAACUACCAGGAAAUGAGGAAGAGGGAAUGAAGCAAAGAGACCUACUCAAGAAAACCUCAUUCUUACAACAUUGGGAUCUGUGUAGAGUCCUCCUACAGAAAGGAAUCAUCUGAAAUCAUCCAAGGACGAUUAUUUGUGAGCAUCAUGGGGGUCUGCAGUAUCUGGUUUUACUUCCAGGGAAAAAACAAGGAUUCAAAAGACUGUCUCUUAAUGAACUGCCAAUAUAUCAAGCCAGUCAAUUUAUGUUUCUGCAAAUUAGGAUGUUUAUAAGUUUAAAAGAGGAAAAAAAAAACUUUUCAUAAAUUGUAGUGGUGUUAUUAGAGUGGAAAAUCCUAGAUUUCUGUGUGAAUUUAUGCAUCCAAACCAAACAAGCUAUAAGAAUUUUAAACUAUUGUUUCUAACUCCAGGAAUACUAACUAUAGUUUUGAAAUUUAAAAAUUACUUAAGCUAUAUUUGUUUGAUCACAGGGGGAAAAAAACAAAACUCCAGUAUAGAUCUUUCAGCUGUUUUUUUACAAUCAAAUUUUACCAACCUGACUGUAGAAAUAAAAUAGAAAACACUGAAUCCAAUGGCAGUGUCCAGACAACUCUUAAAAGCAGGAAAUUAUUUCAUAGUUGACAUUUUAAACAAAUGAGUCUUGAUGUUUUAGUCAAUAUUGGUCACUUAAAAAUUUCAAAAGCAUAUUAUAAUAUAUAAAUUGAAAAAUAUAAAAUCCUUCUAAUGAAGAUUAUUUUAAAGGAAAAAGUUGUUCAUUUCUGAAAUGUUUUAGCAUCAAGAAAUUCUGAGAAAUAAAGAUCUAAAUUUCUGAAGCAUGAUUCCUAGUAGAUUUCUGCUUGACAGAUAUAAAUUAUAAAGAGUAAUUCUUAAGACAAUAGUUAUCUUGAAAGUGCCAUCCAGCUCUGUUUGUUUCCCAGGUUGCCCAUUUAAGAAAACUUAUUUAAAAUACAAUUACACUAGUCUGUUCUUAAAUAGACUAAUUUAUGUAUCAUUUAAAAAAAAACAAAAAACUUUUUCUCUUUGUACUUUAAUUUCCUGGUGAUGCAUCAAUCGUUUCAGAAGCACAUUCCCCUCAAAAGAAAGGAUGGUGAUAUAAAAUGAAUAAUCAAAAUUCCUAUUUUUCAGGGAAUUUAAAAUCCCAUAGGGGAAGGUCAAAAACAAAUAUCCAGUUACAAUGAAAGCACAAUGAAAUAAAUGCUGUACAAUAGAAUAAAUAUGAAAAAUUACUGGUGAAGUAAGAUGGUUCAGUUCUGGGAGGGGAAGAAAAAGAGGAGAAUAGAAGAAAAGAAAAUAUAUCAUCUUUGGAAAUUUUGAGUUCAUUAUAUAUUUGUAUUGGGAUUAAAUGAUUUUCAUUAUCUGACUAGAAAUUAGCUUCAAGAAUUCAUAAACAAUUUCCAUAUUGAAAAUAGAGGGCUUGAACUCCUGGUUUUACACUGUAAUCCUUGGUAGAAUAAGGAAGACACUAGGAAUCUCCAAAUGUUUUUAAUAAAAAAAGAAAAACAUUUAAGACUCACACAUAGGAGGAUUUUACAUUGGAAACUUUAUGGAACCACUUUGGAAUACUGUUCAAAUUGUCUUAUUAGGUACAAAGAUUUUAAAUAAGGCAGAGUAAAAUAAAAAACAUAAGCCAAAGGAUUUUAAGAAAUAAUGUUCCUUUGAAAAUUAGGCUAUCGAAAUAAAAAUUCUAGAUUUUUCAAUGAAUUUUAGGUCCUUACUAAAAAUGCAUCUAAAUAACUACAUGUUUCUAUCUUAUAUUUAUGAUUAUAUAAUAUGUAUUUGUCUGUAUAUUUUGUAAAAAGAAAAAACCUUAUGCACUUCAAAUAUAUCUCAUUUAAUAACAUUUUUAAAUGUUCUAUUUUAUUUUUUCAUUAGACUCUAUUAAUAGAAAAAAUCAAAAUCUGUUUCUAAGUUACCUGAUAUAUGGAAAAUUAAAAAAAAAAACAUGCUUCUUUUGUUUUUCAUGUUUUUGUGAAGCUUAAAUAAAAUAAAACCCAUUUGCUACAA